AUGGAGAUUACUCGACAGGAAUAAAAUCUUGUCCCUGUGGCUGUAAAAUUCCAGUGGUGAUGGGGGAUACCAGUAUAGGGCAUGAAAGUGUCUGGCAUGGCAGUGUAGACAUUUUACUUGGUACAAACGUGGUGGUAUGCAAUGCUCCGGAAGAUUACGAACAAUUUAUGGAAGAGAGAAACCCAGGGUUCGAAAUAAAGAAACAUAACAUUGAAACUAUGUACUCACAGAUAGUUGCACAAACUAUUGUUUCUUCUUUUGUGAAAAACAUCGGAGUUGUUCCUACCAUUAUUAUUUCCAAAGACAUCGUAAAAAUAUUUAUGUACGACCCCGACAAUGAUUUGUUAUACGAAAGUACGCAGAUGAAGUUAUUCCGCGAGAGAGGGAGACCGGUGUUAAAUACUCAUUCGGUUUUAGCGCUUUGGUUUGCCAUUAAUUAUUGUCACUUUUGUACUGGCACUAAACCUUCCCAUAUUGCAUUUGGUUAUAAAGCUGACUUCAACGCAUGUUUGGACCAGGCUGCUUUGAAUACAUAUAAAAACAAGUUACACUAUAGUAACUGUAAGUUUGGUGAGAAUACUUUAAAAAAGGAGUUUUCUUACGACAGCUAUGAAGAAGUGAAAUUUCUUUGAAUAAUGACACAUGUUCCUUUGACCUUGGAAACAAAGUUAAUUUGUCUUUGCACAUUUGUACAGUCUGACCAGGUUCUACACUGUGCAAUUAUUAUUUUUUUAUAUAUUAAAAUCUGAUAAAACAUUGAGGUGACUGUUCCAAAAUAUGACUAUUCAGUUUCAGCUAGUUAAGGGUCAAAAGUUAAGGAAGAUUUGCUGCUUUCACAAGCAUCUCAAGUUCAUUUAAGGAUUACAUAUAAUGAAAUGUUACUAUUUUGUAUUUAUGUAUACUAAAUAUAGAUGUAUAAAGGCCAAAAUCUUGAAAAUAUGUCAUUUUACCAAGUUUUUGGAAUGACUGAAACAAAUUUAUGAAUUUAUCCUACUAAUUACUAAAUCUAUCCAUGCAAAUAGUGCAGACCAAGAUCAGCUGAUAUAUCCAUGCCGUCCGAUCAUGGUCUUUACUAUUUGCUAUUUAGUUAGUAAGUAUCUUGAUAUUUUACCUACAAAAAACAAGUUCUGACAAGAUUGGAAUGAUACAAAAGGCCAUUUCAUCACCUUAGUGCUGUAAAAGUUUAACUCCUUUAAAAUUAUAUAAGGAGUUAACCUGUUACUGCUAUGAUGUGACAAUUUGUGAUAUUCAGUAAAGAUUAACUCUGAGAAACACUGAGUGGUACCUGUAAAAAAUUUCAGACCUUGCAUUGCUGCUAAUUUACAGUUUCAAUUUUCUAGCAACCCACCUCUUUAUAAAAUAUUGGCACAGACUAAGGCAAAUGUGUUUGUUGGAUUACCGAAACAGUCUAAUAUUAAAGGGACUCCACUGAGGUUUUUUGACAUGACGGGACUGGAAAUAAUUUUUUGGGAUUAUUACUCCAUCUGAUGUAGACCUAUACUAAUAACCUAUGUACAAAAUUUCAGAUCAUUAGCUCGCUCUGUUUUUCCAGAAUAAUUAUUAAAAUAGUGAAAAAUGACCCAAAAUUGAAAAGCGUUUAAACGCUUUUCAGUCAAAUCGAACUGAGAAUAGCACAAACAUAUGAUUUUCAAUGUAUUUCUUAAUUAUAAUUUAUUUAUAUUUCUGUUUUGAGUGCUCAUGCUAAUCUAUGUGAAAAA